CUUCCCUACAAUUGCCAUCUCAACAAAAUGGCUUCAAUGUUUUGUGCUCUAAUUCUAAUUUGCCUCGGCUUUUCAAUAGCCACUACCAAUGCACAAACACCAGCAGCCUCUCCUACUUUGCCAACCACUACACCUCCACCAUCCACUACUGCUCCUCCGCCUACUACAACUGCCCCUCCACCUUCAACUGCACCUCCGCCUACUACAAAACCAACAGCACCAACACAGCCACCAGUAACUGCAGCAACUCCUAUAUCACCACCAUCUCCUAAAGUUGCACCAGCUACAACCCCAUCAGUUCCACCACCACUACCCCCGCAAAGUCCUCCAAUCGCAACUCCAGUACAACCACCACCACUGCCUCCACCACCGGCCACACCUCCACCUGCUUUACCACCAGCACCAGCCACACCUCCACCUGCUUUACCACCACCACAGGUAUCACCGACUCCAGUCCAAGCACCAACAGCACCAUCACCUGCAAAAAAGACACCAGCACCAGCACCAGCAAAGGAAACACCAGCACCUGCACCUGCGAAGCCACCACCAACACCAGCACCAGCACCAAUUACCCAACCACCAACCCCUGCACCUGCUCCACACCACCACAAAAGGAGGAAGCACAAGCACAAGCAUCAUCAUCAUGCACCAGCUCCAGCACCAACUGUUCUAAAAAGCCCCCCUGCACCACCUACAGUACCAGACUCAGAGGACACAACAACACCAGCACCAUCACCUUCCCUGAAUUUGAAUGGAGCACAUGCACAGCACCAGCAAGGAGGAAAAUCUGGAGUGUGGACAAGUACAGGAUUAGCAAUUGCCAUCCUGCUGGCUAUCACAGGAUACAAUUUCUAGCAAUCUUUUAGAAAAAAAAUGCUAUUCUUGCAUGUGAUGACUGUUUUCAUAUGUACAAUCAUUUAAGAAAUUUAUAGAAGUAGGAACAAAUAAAGCAACAGAUGAAGGAACAGCAAACUGUUGACAUUUUUGUAUUUUUUUCCAUUUCAUUUAUAAGAAUACUUUAUUUUAUCUUU